GACUCAAAUAGACCCGACGAAAGUAACCCUAGGUAGCUGCUAUUCUGAAGCCUGCGUGAUUCCGAAGAACGUUCCCACCACGCGUAUCUCCCCACUCUGCAUCUCUCCGCUGAGCUGAUCAAAGUACCUGAAGCUCGUGCCACAAGUUCAGCAAGAGAUGGCCGAUCGCUUAACUCGUAUAGCCAUCGUCAGCGACAGGUGCAAGCCUAAAAAAUGCCGCCAAGAAUGCAAGAAGAGUUGUCCUGUCGUGAGAACUGGUAGAUUGUGUAUUGAAGUUACUGACAAAUCUAAAAUUGCUUACAUCUCCGAGGAACUGUGCAUUGGAUGCGGUAUUUGUGUCAAGAAAUGUCCCUUUGAAGCCAUCCAGAUUAUCAACCUGCCAAAGGACCUGGACAAAGACACAACUCACAGAUAUGGACCUAACACUUUUAAAUUACAUAGAUUGCCAGUACCCAGGCCAGGGCAAGUACUUGGUUUAGUUGGAACUAAUGGAAUUGGAAAGUCCACUGCUCUUAAAGUUCUUGCUGGAAAAUUGAAACCUAACUUGGGCCGUUUCAAUAACCCGCCUGACUGGCAGGAAAUCUUAACCUAUUUUCGAGGAUCAGAACUGCAAAACUAUUUCACUCGUAUCCUUGAGGAUGAUUUGAAGGCUAUCAUAAAGCCUCAGUAUGUUGAUCACAUCCCUAGAGCUGUACAAGGGAAUGUGCAGGAGACGCUGGACCAGAAAAAUGAGAGAGAUAUGAAGCAAGAACUUUGUAAUGAUCUUGACCUAAACCAGGUUAUAGAUCGUAAUGUAGCUGAUCUUUCAGGUGGGGAGCUCCAAAGGUUUGCCAUUGCAGUUGUUGCCAUCCAGAAUGCUGAAAUAUACAUGUUUGACGAACCUUCUAGUUACCUUGAUGUAAAACAGAGGCUGAAAGCUGCCCAAGUUAUUCGAUCUCUGCUCAGGCCUAAUAGUUAUGUAAUUGUUGUGGAGCAUGAUCUUAGUGUCUUGGACUAUUUGUCAGACUUUAUUUGCUGUUUAUAUGGCAAACCUGGUGCAUAUGGGGUUGUGACACUUCCUUUCUCAGUCAGAGAGGGAAUUAACAUCUUCUUGGCUGGUUUUGUCCCAACAGAAAAUCUGAGGUUCCGUGAUGAUUCUCUCACCUUCAAGGUUGCUGAGACUCCGCAAGAGACUGGCGAUGAUGCUCAAACAUAUGCUCGAUACAAAUACCCAACAAUGACCAAAACUCAAGGAAAUUUCAAGCUUCGUGUAGUUGAAGGAGAAUUUACUGAUUCUCAGAUUAUUGUGAUGCUGGGUGAGAACGGGACAGGAAAGACAACGUUUAUUCGUAUGCUGGCUGGUUUAUUGAAACCUGACACCGUAGAAGGUGGCUCUGAUACAGAAAUGCCUGAGUUUAAUGUGUCAUACAAGCCUCAGAAGAUUAGUCCAAAGUUCCAGUCAACAGUUAGACACUUGCUUCAUACAAAAAUACGUGAUGCUUACACACACCCACAGUUCAUCUCAGAUGUGAUGAAGCCACUUCUUAUUGAGCAGUUAAUGGACCAGGAAGUUGUUAAUCUUUCUGGUGGAGAGUUGCAAAGAGUUGCAUUGUGUCUGUGUCUUGGAAAGCCUGCAGACAUCUAUUUGAUAGAUGAGCCUAGUGCAUAUCUUGAUUCUGAGCAGCGUAUUCAUGCUGCCAAAGUCAUCAAGAGGUUUAUCCUCCAUGCAAAGAAAACUGCAUUUGUGGUUGAGCACGAUUUUAUCAUGGCAACAUAUCUUGCUGAUAGAGUUAUUGUUUAUGAGGGAAAUCCUUCAAUUGACUGUACUGCUAAUUCGCCACAAUCAUUGUUGAGUGGGAUGAACCUGUUUUUAUCGCACCUGGACAUCACAUUUAGAAGAGAUCCCACCAAUUUCCGCCCAAGGAUUAACAAACUAGAUUCAACUAAAGACCGGGAACAAAAAUCAGCUGGCUCAUAUUAUUACCUUGAUGACUAAGUUUCUAGUUAUGGACAGUUGCUCAUCUUGCCAAUUGAGCAAGCGGAUCAAUUUGAACCUUCAAUGGGAUCUCAGCCUCCUUCCUCCGAUGCCUCGAAUACGAGUGUUCUUUUGUCCAUUUAAGGGGUUGCUUUGUCCAUGCAUUGAGAAAGCCUGCUUGCCAGCCGUAUGUUGAUUGGGGUGUUUGUAUAUCCUAUUAAGCAGUGAACCUGCUCAUCGCCAGUUUUGCCAUGGCAUUGGUGGGAACCUGAGUUUUAUUCAAAGCUUAUAUUAAUGUUACUUUUACGGUCAUGUCUGAAAUUUAGAGGAGCAAUCUUGAUGUCAUAGAAAUGGUUGCUGCUUCUGUUUAGUUUACUGCAUUCUGGUCAACUUGCCCGACUUAGACGCUUGUGUUGCUUAAUUUUGAUUUGAUUUUGAUAAUAAAUUAUUUAUCUGCUCAGU